GUUCUUAACAGGCCAAGGCCUGCUGGUUGAGCCGCUUCACGCUGAAGCCAAGAUACGGAGCGCCAAUCGUACGUAUUGUUAGAACAGCCCGACGCAAACCACGCAUUCAAAUAUCGUCUUGUCUCGUCCUUCCUUCCUCCAAUUCAUAUAUAGCUGCUUUUGUGUGCAAGAUUCAGUUUAUUGAAGUUUAUAAGGCGAAUGCCAGCAUUGUUUUAGUACACCGAAGAACUCAGCAAGCGCAUACUGCACAAUCUCAUACACAUCCGAUCAUGAACAGCUUUCGAAAGAUCAACAAUGUGUUGAGCACAAAACCCAAGUCGGCCAGUAAGGACAGUGGAAGCAACAGCUCGCAAUCCAAAGCCAGCACGCAGCCUUCUGGAGCUUCAGGAUCAGCCUACUCAGAGCCAAUCGCCGCCGCGAAUGGUGUUCACGAAAGCACCUCGGACCGCCAAAUCAAGCUCCAAGCGCCUUUGCCCCCUCUACCAAGCUCUUCCAGAGACGCAAAGGAAGAUAGAGCGGAUCAAGACACACGGCUGGCUGUGCCGCCUUCCGGAGAAACUUCAAAAACUCCGGCAUUAACGUAUCCGGCGAAAAACGCACCUCAUAUUCCAGAGGCUAUGAAAUCUCAACGCGAUCUGAGUCGCUCCCCCGAACCUAGAUCUUCUCAGAAUCCAACGUCAAAAGAAACCGCAGGGUCCUCUGCCGAAGACAUUCCACCAAAGCAAAUCGCUGAAAUGCUCAGGAAGGCAUAUCCACAAUCGCCCAAGUUUGCAGAUUCUGUGGAAAGACUUGGAAAGGACUACAACAAAUCAAAGAAGUAUGUGGUGAAGCUUAGAGACGAUCUCAACACUGAGAAAGAGAAGGUCAAUGAGUUGAGCAUCAAGCUGGCUCAGAGAAAUAUCAAGAUGUCGAGCUGUAUCCUAGAUGAUGCACAGUACAUGCAGCUUUUCCAGUCAAUGGACGCAUCUGUUGAAUCUAUUUCCUCAAGAUUGAAACGAGCCGGUGCAUGGAACGUAUCAAAGCUUGCCGAUGGUUUACCCGCUUCGUUACGUCCCCAAGAUAUAGGUCGUGGAAUAAUCGCAGCUUGGAUCGCGAGUGUGUUUAGCACCUACAUGCAUCCUGCCAUCGAUCUUGAGACAUCCAAAUGGCUCAAAUCCGAAGUAGAGCGCAAGAUCAAGCAAACGUCUUCACCGGAAGAUGUCGUGAAAUGGAGAUGCAUGACCGUCGAAGCCCUGCUUCCCAGCGAGCUGCUUGCGAAUCAAGAGUCUAGGGGUGCGCUUGAAAGUACCGUUGGAUACCAGCAGCAUCGAGAAGCACUUCUUCACGAUUUUGCUAGAUCGAUGGAUGAAUAUGUUGUGCCCUCCUUCGACCUCAAUCUCGACGUCAUCGACCAGCUCAUAGAUCAGAUAUUACGGCUGCUGUCGACGAUCUGCCGGGAAACCAGGAAUCUACGUGUGGUCUACUACCGGCCGCGUACACUUUUCUACGUUAGCUCGAUGAGGAUGAAGCUACCAGUUGAUGAUGUUGAUGUAGACGCAUUGGAUCGGAAAGUUGUGAAAACGCUGGAAGGUCAGCCUAUUGUGUGGUGUUCUUUUGUGGGUGCUUUGAGAUCUGAAGAAGGUGCUCCUCCACUUUAUAGGCCGAUGAUCUGGUUAUCGGACGACAUUACUGGCGCGUUAAAUGACCUUUUUAAUUAGAUGCAUUUGUUUCUCUCCUUUGACUUGAAUACAGCUUGUUUUUUUUUAACAAUAACUGGAAUUGUUUUUGCUUAUGUUAUGCAUAUUAUAUUUUGAUGUAAAGUAGAUCUAGUUCAAUAGUUUGGAUACUGCUGGUCUGUU